AAAUCACUUCCGGGUUAAGGGGAAUAACUUGCUGUAGGCGUCAGGUGGGCGUCCGGAGCUGCUCAUUCUCUUUUCUUCACCCCGCUGCAGUUUGUGAGACUUUCUUCUGGUGUCUUGGUCCUCCGCUGGUAACCGAUGUCUAGCGAAGCUGGGGAGUCGCGCACAUAAAGAAGGUUUUACGGUGCGCAGGCGGUCAAAGCAGAAGGCUUCGCAGAGGCCCUGAGAAUGUGGGAGAGUGGCAGAGGAGUUGUAAAGGUUAUUGGCUGGCAGGUGGUGGGCGGGGCGUAGGCCGAGUUUCUCAGUUUAUUGGUAGAAUUUGGACGUCUGGUUUUGUAGUUACCGCCACGUUGGCGCUCCUUAGGGCAUCCGGCUGUUUGCUUGGUUGUUUUGCCUGAGUGUUUUGGAAACUAAAGGAUUGGAAGGAGUUUUCAAGAUGUGAAAGAAAAGCGAUCAAAGCUAAAGAUAACCUGCAGUAGCAUCAAUCUUAUCCACCAUAGCCAGAUUUUAGUCUGGACGAAUGUGAGACACUGGGGAAACAGCAGAAGGCAGAAAUCCGACUGGGAUGAAACCUGCAAAUCUAGGUUAGUUCAGUCGAAGUGUCUUGAAGGGAGUCUCUUCGGCACCCCGUCUACACCCAUUACGAAAGCGAUGACGUCUGUGCGUUGUUACCCGGUUCUCGAACUCCGUGGGUAUCAACGCGAAGACCCAGAGUUACCACCUUUUCUUUACGUAUUUGUAUCUUGUAUUGGUCCCCCCGCCCCCCGGCACCCAAGCCCACAAUACGGUCCGUGGAAUGUCUCCGCUCCCCAACCCCAGUGCUCCGAUCUACCCAGAGUCCUUGUUUUGCACUAGAUAAAUUGGAAGGAAAGUCACCCUUGUCUUAGGAGGACCAGAAAAAAAGACAUUUAUUCAUAGUCAACUUUUGUGGACAGACCUGGCCCUGCCUCUGCAAGAGAAGUUAUCUUAUUCCUUUCUCUGACAACAGAGACAACGACAGUGCCGGCAUACAGUUACAACUUUCCUGUUCUCACCUUGAUCAUUGAGAAGCAGACUUCCUCUGCUCCCUCAUAAAAACAUUACUGUGGAUGUAAGAAACAUCCAAACCUGCAGAUAAUUUUUAUGAGUUUAUUUGAGCCAAACCAACAACAAUUGCUGGGAAGCAAGAUCUCAGUGGGUUGAGAAAAGCUGUGGGGAAUGACAGUGUUACAGCUUUUUUUACAAUAUAUUGUAUACAUUGCAAUCAGAGGAAGAGAGAAGGAGGGUUACAUGAGAUUCACUGAUGGUAGGUUAAGGAGACAGGAGAAAGCAAAGCAGGAAAACCUCUAUGGUUGGAUAAAGGGUAAAACAGAGAGAAAACCUCUUUCACACUGCUCAAGGAAAAAUUUGACAUGGAAAUGGCCAAGAAUACCUCUUUAAAAAUUCAAGAUUUUUCAAAGAUUUAGGGGCAGGCCCUGGAUAUUUUUAAUCACCUUUACAUGGAGCAUAAAGAUGAUGAUGAUGAUGAUGAUGUGACUUUUGCCAAAUGGAUGAGCAGCUUCUGGGGUCACAGCUGGAUGAAGGAGGAAGAGAGAGGACUCCGGGACCACCACGGAUCACAAGAUACCAGUUACAGGAAAGCUUCCCUGCCCUGCCCAUUUCCUGUGCUUCCCAGAGCCUCGUCAUCUGACAGCCAUCCCAGAAGGCAUUCUCACGAGGACCAGGGGUUUCGCCAUCAUACCCACAUGAGGGAUUACAGGAAAAGCUCAGGGGAUGGGUCACUCAGAGCACCAUUGGAAUCAAAAGGGAGAUCCCAUUCCAAAAUGCAGGCAUUUUCAGAGUCCUUCGAACAGCAACUGUGCUUCAGAACCAAAUGCUCUGUCUCUUUGGGACCUGAAAACAGAAAGGAAAAAAAUGAAAGAGAAUGCCUGCGGUUGGAGAUAAGAUCCAGCAAGAAAGCGGAGGAAAGAAGGAGCUCUAGGAAGGAAGAACACGGAGAAGCAUACGCAGCUCCUCUCUUUGAAAAAAGACCCAAAUAGCGCUUCGUUCCCACACAGUGCCACUGUGUGUUCUGAGCGCAGCUUACCAGGGUUCGGGGUGGCAGCUGUGGAAGACUGUCUUCAGGUGCUCGGUGAUGGAGGUGGUGCGGCUGCUCCCUGAGAAGACUCGCAUCCCAGUCCAACUGCUUCUGGCAUCUUAGUAGAGAAUUUGAUCUGCUCUGUUGCCCUUUUAUGGGAAUAAGAAGAAUAAAACAUAUUUUAAUACAUUAAAGUACUUGAAAAUGUAAAGAAAGAUAUUUAAAGAGCCACCCACACAUCUUUACCAACCCCUCUUCCACAUCAGAAUCGCAAAAAUCUUAACGUCAUUAGUGUGACUCUAAGCAUACAUCCUCAUUAGAAGUAACUAUGUAAGUAUGCCUAAUGACAAUGGUCAUUAACAUGCCAAGUAUUAAACCGAGGUCUUUAAUGCAUUACCUAAAACAGUCCUCACCACUCGAAGGCGGGGCCUAUUCUCUUCCCUUGCUGGCUGAGGAAACAGAUGUUUGGAAAAGUUCAGAGCCUCACAGCUGUGGGCAGCAUUAGGGCCAGAGCCCCGUCCAUUCCGGCCUGCUCCUAACCUGGGCGGGGCCUCGUUUUCCCUCAGCAGCGGGUCCUGACUGAGUGUGUGGGUGACAUGUGGGAAGGAGCAGUGUGGGGAAAGCAAGAUUGGGAGCAGGUUACCAUUUCGAUUGCAUGGGUGGAGACGAAUUCUCUGAGGUCUGCUUCAUGCUCUUGGUUAUAACUUUAUGAGUCCCUAUUCUUUUGCAUUUAUUUAUUAACUUUAUUGAAAUAUAAUUGACAUAUAACAUUAUAUUAGUUUCAGGUGUGUCACAUAAUGAUUUGAUAUUUGUGUAUAUUGUGAAAUGACCACCGCAAUAAGGCUAGUUAACACCCAUCACCACAGUUACUAUUUUUUUUCUUGUGAUGAGAACUUAUAUAAUCUACUCUCUUAGCAAUGUUCAAAUAUACCAGAUAGUCACUGCAUUGUAUAUUCUAUCUCGUGCAUUAUUUUUAAAAUAGGGAAUGCUUCAUGAGUCUGUGUCAUUCUUGUGCAGUGGCCAUGCAAAUCUUCUCUGUGAUUCCAGUUUUAGUGUAUGUGCUGCUGAAGUGAGCAUUUGUUUUUCUUAUUGUUUCAUUUUUAUUAAAGUAUAAUUGACAAAUAAAAUUGUGUAUAUUUAAAUUGGACAACACAAUGAUUUGACAUAUGUACACUUCAUGAAAUAAUUACACAGUCAGGUAAUUAGCCCAUUGAGGCCAUAUUCUACCACUUUUGUCCCCCUGCCCCCCCCCCCCAGGAAAAGACUCUAGCAUUCUCUAAUACUCUCCUGAUUUAUUCUUUGUCUCUGUCUUAGAGCUUCAAAUGCUCAAGGGCAGCUAGUUUCCACAUAGUAAAGAAGAAUAUUUCCCCAAACUACUACUUAUAACUAAUACUAUAAUGAAUUAAUUAGGUAAGACACAAAGUAACUUUGACAUAGGCAGUAGAAAGAAGGAAAAGGAGAAGGAAAGAAGAGGAAAACAGUAAAGGACAAGGAAAAUAAUGAUGAUCUUUGACCUGAAUUCUUUCAAUUUUCAUACCUUCAUCCAUUUUGUGGCCUUUAUACAGUUUUAUACUUUUUGACCCAUAUAAAGGAAAGCUUUUAGAUGGUGACACUGGCCUGUUGUUUGCCACCACUGAGGGGGAGGAUGGGCCU